CAGAGCUGCUGGUUUUAGGAAGUAAAGAGACGGUGAAGUGUUGUCAGAGAUUCAGGAGAGGAUUAUCUGCUGGGAGCCUUAGCUCCUCCAGGCUUUGAAAUGUUCUCUAAGGUGGUUCUGGUUGCUCUCUGAUGGAAAUAUGAAGAUCCUGCUGCUGUUUGGGUUCCUCCUGCACGUUUCCCAGCAUGCCCGAGCUGGAGUGGUGGAGGCUAUUGAGGGAAUGGAGUCUGUCUCCCUGCCCUGCAGUUACUAUAGUGGUGUCACUGAAGAGCCCUUACUUAAAUGGACCAGUGGUGAUUUCAUUCCCAACGCUGUCCACCUACGAAGAGGAGAACAGGAUGAUCUGAAAAAUCAAAACCAGCAUUUCAGAGGACGGACCUCAAUGGAACCGGAUGCUCUGGAGACCAGAGACUUCAGCCUGACUCUGAAGAAACCUAAUAUAUCUGACAAUGGAAACUACACCUGCAGCUUCUAUACUGGAAGAGAAGAGUUCAUCAUGACCACAAUUCAUCUGAAAGUCAAAGGUGAUCAGGAGGAGGUGAAGCUGACUGGAGGAGCAGAGUCUGUUGUCCUGCCCUGUAGAACAUCACUUAAACUGCAUGAGAAGACAUCAGUGCAUUGGACUCGUUCAGAACCAGAAUUCAACACGGUUCAUGUGUAUUCAAAUCAAAGCAAAGACCAAAAUAAACAGGACAGCCUUUACCGCGGCCGCACAAAGCUGAAUGAAGACCUGCUGAGAACUGGAGACCUGAGUCUGACCCUAAGUUACCCCACAGAGAGAGACGGUGGGACCUACAUCUGCACCGUCUACAGGGACGAGGACAUCCUCAGAUGGAAAGUGGUUCUGAAACAUGUCAGAGAAACAUUUCCAUCCUGGGCCACAGCUCUCCUGGUUCUACUGGUUCUGUUGAUCAUCUCUGCAGGUCUUUUAUAUCGUUUCCGGCACCGUUUCAUCUCAGGGGAAGAGGGGAUGGAGCGGAUGGCCUUAUUGCAGAAGCAACGUUUAGCAGAAGAUCUUUGUUGUCCGCCUCAAAGAGGGUGGCUGGAUCCUGACUCUGUUCAGAACAACUUGCUGCAGUUCAACCUAAACUUAAAUCUGGUCUGAAGGAGAAGUUCCAGUGUGUGUUUGAGGGGAUCGCUAAAGCAGGAAGUCCAACCCUUCUG